AUGGCGCUGCUUUCUCCGUGCCCGAGUAGCGUGCUAGCGACAGGAUCGCGAUGUCCUGCGCCUCGUACGUCGGCAUCGGAGCCUCCAGAGGCGUGGGCAGAAUGGGCGGACGAGUGGCGGGAUGGUUCGCGCAUUCCACGCGCACGCUGGGAGCCAAUGGGGCCACCGUUGCUGGGCUCGUUGCCGGCACUGGCAGCACUGGCGGUUGGCGCAGUGCGACUGCGGCGACUGCGGCGCUUGCGUGGGAGUCGGCGGUGGCGUUCCACGCUUCGAGCAGCAAAUGUCGACAUCGAGGAAGGGGAGAAAGUUGUGGGCAUUGACCUGGGUACGACCAAUUCGGCUGUGGCCGCCCUAGAAGCCGGCAAAGCAACUGUAAUUCCAGGUGCAGAUGGUGCCCGCACCACGCCAAGCGUUAUAGCCUACACGAAAACUGGCGAGACUCUGGUCGGACAGAAGGCAAAGCGUCAAGCGGCAGUGAAUCCGGCCAAUACCUUCUAUUCCGUGAAGCGCUUUAUUGGGCGGCUGCGGAAUGAGAUAGACGAGGAGGUUUCCGAGGUCUCCUAUGGAAUCGUAGGUGAGGACGAACAAGCCGAGGGUGUCCUUGGCGUGCGCCUAGAGUGUCCUCACUUGGAGAAGCAGCUGUCACCUGAGGAGAUUUCAGCACAAGUGCUGCGCACGCUCGCAGGAGCUGCAUCCAAGUACCUGCAAGCGGAUGUGAAGAAAGCCGUCAUCACAGUCCCAGCAUAUUUCAAUGACUCCCAGAGGCAGGCCACAAAGGAUGCAGGGGCCAUCGCCGGGCUUGAAGUCCUUCGCAUCGUUAACGAGCCCACGGCUGCCUCCUUGGCAUAUGGACUCGAGAAGCGCGACAACGAAACUAUUCUGGUCUUCGAUCUUGGGGGAGGAACGUUUGACGUGUCUGUUCUUGUGGUGGGUGGCGGUGUCUGCGAAGUCCUGGCAACGAGCGGUGACACAAAGCUUGGUGGUGACAACUUUGACAAGUGCAUUGUUGAUUGGCUGGCCCACCGCUUUGCUACCCGUACGCUGAUUGAUCUUCGGGAGGAUCCGCAGAGCCUGCAGAGACUCACCGAGGCAGCUGAGAAGGCCAAGAUUGAGCUCUCCGGAGUGCUGUCCACGACGAUCUCCUUGCCUUUCAUCACCGUGGAUGAGGACGGGUCACCCCUCCACAUUGAGGAGGAGCUGACGCGCGGAGAGUUUGAGGGCCUGUGCUCGAAGCUGCUGGAGAGGCUCCGAGAGCCCGUAGAGAAGGCGUUGAAGGACUCAGACCUGACCUACACAGACCUGGAUGAGAUCGUGCUGGUCGGAGGUUCCACGCGCAUCGGGGCGGUGCAAGAGUUGGUUCGGUCACUGGUGGGAGGCAAGGAGCUGAACCAAAGCGUCAAUCCAGACGAGGUGGUGGCCAUGGGAGCCGCGGUCCAGGCUGGGGUUCUAGCCGGCGAGGUGAAGGAUCUCGUGCUACUGGACGUGGUGCCGCUCUCUCUGUCAGUGGCAACCCAUGAUGGCCUCAGCUCGGUGUUCCUUCCAAGAAACACCCGCGUGCCAGCAAAGAAGACAAAGGUCUUUUCCACAGCUAUGGACAACCAGCCUCGAGUGACGGUGGAGGUCGUCCAAGGGGAGUUCCGGAAAGCGGAUGACAACAAGCAGCUGGGAGUCUUUCUUCUGGAUGGUAUUCCGCCGUCACCUGCUGGCAUACCGCAGAUUGAAGUGACAUUCGAUGUGGACAGCAACGGGAUUCUCAGUGUUAGUGCCUACGAUCGGGCCACCCGCAAGGAGACGAAAGUGACCAUCUCGGGAGCUUCGACCCUGGCCCCUGAAGACGUCCAAGAAAAGGUGGCAGAGGCAGAAAAGAAGGCGGCAGAAGAAGCGUAUUACGAACAGGUAGUCAUGGUGAAGAACGACGCAGAAUCUGCUGCCUAUGCAGUUGAGAGGCUGCUCAGGGACCAGCGACGGAAGCUCAAGCCGACCAAAGUGGAGGUGCUGGAGUCCAAGUUGCUCUUGGCGAGGGAUUUGCUGGACAAGGAGCCGCCGGACACCGACCUCCUGAAGCAGGUUACCGAGGAUCUUCGCGAGGAGGUGCGGAACAUCCUGAAGCGGAAGGUUGAAGAGGAGUACGACGUGGAGCAGGGCCCAACUCUUAGCUACGGCUACGUUCAGGUUCAAUAA